UCCAAGCAAUCUCCGGUUAGAGCUCUUGUAUAAAGCAGGUAUGUGAGCAGAGACAGUGUUCGGGCCGGUCAGCUGGAUCUCCAGACGUUCUAGUCUGUUCAUCUGGAGAUAAAGCAAGGACCAAGGGUCUUUGUUUCUUCAGUUUUUUAUUUCCAUUAGGCAGCCAGCUGUUUGUAGCAUCCUAGCAGAUUCCCGGUACACUAACUGGUAUUUUUACUAACAGCUACAUGACACCACUGGUUACUUGUCUGGGAUCUUCAUGUGUGAGGAAAAACUUAAUUUUCUGAGAAGGAUAGAACAGGGAAGAGUUUGAAUGUGAUUUGGAUGAAUUCCUGCCCUCCCACACAUCCUGCUGCUGCUGCUGCUGCUGCUGCUGCUGCUGCCUCUCAACCACAUCAUGUAGCAGAGCUGGAGAGCACAGCUCUUCUUCACAUCUUCCUCCUUUAUAAAAACGUCCGUUAGGUCUCAGUUAAAGUUACCUGUUUUAUCUGCAUCUGCAACUUUUUGUCUUUAAGAUGGUCCAGGAUUUGUCUCCAGGUUAGAAACAGCUCUUUAUGAAGGUCAAAUGUGUUUGGAUUAAAAACGAACUGAUAAUGUUGUAACAAUAAGUGUUACAUUUAAAAAAGUUAACUGGUUUUUAAGCUGCAAACUUUUAUCCAUGUCCUGGUCCUGCCUGGUGAUCCUCGCCCUGCGGUCUUCAGCAAAGCGCACUUGGAGAAAGUGCGCAGUAGGGUUCGAGUGCGUAGUACACAAGUGUGAGACAGGGAGCAUUGUGUCAUCGAUCGCAACGCAUGCCGGGAUGCUAGUCGCUGUGAGACUUUUUUCAUAAACCUUUAUUAACAACUUUAAAACAAACAACAAAGCAACUAUCUGAAAUAAAUUUUACUUCAUUGCUGCUUUGUCUAAAACAUUCAGAGCAUCUACUAGUCGUCCUAAAAUUAAGUGAUUUCAUUAGAAAAAACAUUUUAAGAAAAAGAACUUGAGCCUUUUCUCCUGCAGCAAUGAUUUGUGGGUAACACCCUUGCCCAAGGUCCGCAUCGCUGCUGACUUGGGUGAAGUGCAGAUUAAGGGUGCAAUGGGGGCGUGGUCAACUUCCGCACUUGAGAAUCGGGACACCCUACGCACUCGCACCCCUAACUGGGAACGUGCAAUUGAAGGGUGCAAGUGCGAGUACUGGGAUUAGGCCCUAGACCUGGAACUGGUUACCCAGCUGUCACUGGGUGAGAGGCGGGGCUACACUUGGACAGGUCAUUACCCAAACCUAUGCCAGUUCUAAACUACUAUUUAACCCUUCUGUUGUGUUAGGGUCAAAAUUGACCCGUUUUAAAGUUUAACUAUGUAAAAAGUAGACUUUCCUCUUUUGUCCUGGAAUGAGGCUCCUCCGGUGGGUAACAAGAUGGCGCCUGUGCUUGGCUUAGCCGCAGUCACCGUCCACUUUUUCAAACUUUUCUCCACUAACCUCCUCUUUUCCACCUUGCUCCUGUCUGCGAUCCUCUUCAGUAGUGUCCCUGCUACCAUCUCCUAAGAUCGCCAGACUCUUUUGUCCUUCCGUUCGUUCACGAUCGCCCAAGAUGCACCGAGGACGUACCUCCCUGUUUGUUUACCUGAGUGGCGCACUGGCCCGGAGCCAAAUGACGAUUCCAACCAGGACGCCUCCAGCUACGUUUAUCCGGUCCCGGGAAAACGUCAGAGGAAAAGGAGUAAAUGAGCAGGAAUCCAGGAGAUCAUGGAGGAGGCUGACCUGCUAAAGGAGAGGCUCCAGGCCAUCACAGACAAAAGGAGGAUCCAGGAAGACAUCACCAAGAAAAGGAGGCUGAUUGAGGAGGAGAAAUUAAAACUUCAGUACAUAAAGAAGAAAGCCCUGAGGGAGCAGUGGCUGAUGGACGGUCUGAGUCAGCAGUCGGAGGAAGAACAGGAGGCCAUGAGGAUCCAGGCUCAGGAUGAGCAGCAGCAGAGUGAUCAGUUGCAGAGAGAGAUCCUCAGAAUAGAAAAAGAGAUCAAAGACUUGGAGACACAAGAGCUGAACAUUUCUGCCAAUGAGGAGGUGGUUCUGAGGCGCUUGAAGGAGGUGGAGAGGACGCCAGAGGACAUCAUCAAGAAAGCCGUUUUGGUGGAGACAGAGGCUGAAGAAAAAGAGCUGAACGAAGGUUGCAGCAAAACUGAUAUUCACAACUUCAUCCCGGUCACCAUGGAAACAACAGAACUAUCAAAGCUGGUGAUGGACUGUACAACAGGAGCUGUGGCCGAUUCACUUGAGCUGGAGGGGGAUCUUGUUGCUGAAGAAGAGUUGUUUUGUUUAAAGACAGACUCACCAGAUGACCAGAGGGAAGUGGUCAGCUCAUCAUCGUUGACCUCUGACCUCCCAUGCACAACUGAUACUGACAAACAUGACCGCACGGAAUCAAAUGUCUGCACUCGUGUUCCUUGUCAGGAUUCAAAAGAAAAAGUCAUAUCAGAACAAGAUCAUGAUGAACUUAUUAGAAAAGAGUCAGUCAACUCAUCUGACACCAUUUCUAGUGCUGACAGUGUUUACGAGGUCCAGCCACAAUGUCAGCGGCAGAUCCCACCAGAACAAGCUCUUGAGCAAGAGUCAGAUCAGUGUGAAGACCCUGAAAUCAGUCCAUCACCAAAACUGUACCAACAGCUACUCGAAGACAGCAACGUGGAUCAGUUACCAGAGCCAGAGCUAGAGCAAGAACCUGAAUUUGAGCUAAAAGAAGAUUAUGAGAUGGGGUUCUACCCUGAACCAGAGCUGGAACCCGAAAUCGAACCUAAGGAAGACUAUGAGAUGGGGUUCUACCCUGAUCUCGAGCAGGACCCAGAACCAGAACAUAACACUGAGUUUGAGUUAUACACUAAGCAAGACCCUGAAGUGGAUCCCGAGGUUGAGGUCUACCAGAAUCAAGAGUUUUACCCAGAAAAUAGUUCAGAGGUUUAUGAAACCCUGUCUGAGCAACCGUUUCAAGACGAGUCAAUAUUAGAGCAGUGCAUUAGAGAGGAGGCUUUGUCAGAUGUGUCUAAUGAGUCCUAUCAUAACCCUGAAGAUAUUGACGAAUGCCUAAAAAUUGAGAUUGCAGCAUCUCUCUCAGAUAGUGAUACAGAUGACAAAUGGAGAGCAAUAUUCUCCUCCUCCAUAAAUAAAGAAGAUGAUGACUCUUAUCUAGACAGUCUUCAACUUAGUGCCCAGGAACUAUUUGUGCAGAAAACCGAGACAAGUGAUGUUAACGAAGAAGAUGGUAACAACUUUGAAGAGGUUUGUUUCGAGGUCCCCAAAAUAACUGAAGUUCUGGAACAACCUGAGGACAUUGCUUCCUCUCCAGUCCCUCCACAAGAAGUCAAAUAUUGUCCUUUGGGUCUUCAAGGCCUGUCCAAAAUAUCUGAAGACGAGAGUGAGAAUGGCAGAGAUGCCAAUCAUAACCACACCAAAUAUCAAGAGAGCUUCAAUGCAGACACAGUCAAGAGGCUACCCAAAGACUUCUGUGUAAUCCAAGAGACCAAAAGUGAAAAUGUGAGUAUGGAGCAUGUGGAUUUCCAGCUAGCUCGCAAACAGUGGCGGGAAAUGGAAGAGCAAAUGAAAAACAAGAUUCUCCUACCUUCAACUAAGAAGUCAAGUUUACAAAGCAGCCACAGUUUCAUGUACACACCAGUCCGCAACAUUGAGAGGACACACAUGAAAACACGUGACUUGGAGAACUUAAAUUUGGUCGGUGACUAUUCUCACACUCAGUUCAGCCCUUGCUCCGAGGAUUCCGGUCUAGAUGAUUCCAGCUACAGGUCUCCCUACGAUGACCCAGAAACAUCGGUUGAAAGGGAGAUCCGUUUGUCAGUGGAGAGGGAGGAAAACUUUAAAAGAGAAAGGGGGCUCUCCAGGAUGGGAAAAUCAACGGAUUGUGCUCCGUCACGAAGUAUCCCCAGAUCCAUAAGCACACCCCUCACACCGUCGUUCAUCAUAACCUCCUCCCCCACUAAGGAACCACUCAAGCACGAAGUAUCAGCAAAUAAUGUUAUUAUUUUAGACCCAAGGAAUGAGUUCACCUCUAAAGACAACAUAACGGGCCGGUCUGGGGAGUGGUGUCCUGAGGAAAGCGGCUCCAGCCUCAUCAUUCUCGAGACAUCUAAUCUGAUCAUCCGCAGUGCCUCGGAGUUCUCACUCAACAAAGCCUGUGAGCAGCCUCAGGAAAAAAUAUUCCUGAAUAAUCCCUUUUUCAAGCUGCGUUCGAGAAGCUCAAUAUCACUCGUGGAUGAGGAAAUCAAGGUGAUGAAACAAAGGGAGGAGGAACUCAGGAAGGAGAGAGCAAAACUAUAUGGCAAAGAGAGGCUGGGUGCUGACAAGAGCUCGUCAAAUCCCAUGGACACGUUGGCUUUUGACAACUCCGUUGUCCCAGUGAAGUGCAAGUCCUCCCCCUCAUCACCGAUGAAGUCAGCCCACAGGAUGGACCGCUCUGCCUUAUCCUGUGACCACAGAUUUCCUGAUGCCUUCGCUGGAGGAAGAAGAAAAAGUGCCAUGGCUCUGCGCUGGGAGGCCGGCGAGUUUACAAAGGACUAAAGAGGAACAAGCCAACAGUUUACCUGUUGUCCGUGUUGCUUUCAUCCAGGUUAGACGUGCUGUUAUCGUCAACUGUUCAACGUCGUGGCAUUAACCUACAGUUUGCUUUUGUGACGCUUUGGAGAAACAUUGAGAGUGUUUCUGCCGCAUUCACCCAUUUUUAACCAAAACACGUUUGGUACGUUGAAGCUUGUGAAUGGCUAAAUCAUGAAGUUCUCGCCCAAAUUAACACAUUAUUGUUAGUAAAAAUCUAAAACUCCGACUUCAGACGGGCUGUGAAUCCAACAUGUGAAGAUCUGGUUGUUGGGCCGUGACUAGGAACGAAAGGAUCCUAACUGAAUAAUGGAUCUCUGCAGCGUACCUCAGUUAUCGCCUCACAACCUGUUUAAAAAGUUCUAACCUCAAGCACAAAAGUCCUGUUUGAUCAUCACGACGAGAGUCUGCAGAGGGAACCCCUUUCUGCUCAGACACCCAUAAAACUCUUCAGGGUUGCCCGACACGUGGACUCAUCUGCUGCUCUUUGUUUAUGCUGUGUGUCGGAUCAACACAGAACAGACGAGCGCUCUAUCCGGACCAGUCGUUCAUUCGGAUACACUACAUUACCCACAAGACACUGGUCCAUGUGACAGAUAUUAGUCCUUUUUCAGAGACAACACCCAGCUGGAGGGUGGACAGUUUUUGUCUGGACGCAGCCAGAGCUGAUGGUAAAGAUGGGAAGUGCUGGAUGGAGCUUCCGGGGCCUUCCUGCAGGAAUAUCCAGCCUAACUGUGUAAUAAAAGUGAGGCUGCUUGAUUAUGGAAAUCAUAAACAGGAUUAUUUAUUACAAUCACUCAUCAGAUUAGGAAACACCAACCAAACUUUUACCCACUUGGUGGAUUAACAAUGUUUUAGGAUGUUAAAUAGACUAAUAUCCAAAUAAUUUUGUAAUAUUCAUUCGUUUUAACAAACAAAAGAAAUUAUUUAUUAAGGUGCCUCAAAUUUAUCUGUACAUCAUCAAAUCAUAAAUCUAAAGUUUUAUUGUAAAAUCAAGUAUUUCCCCUCGGUGUAUAAAGUCAUGAUUAUAAAAUAAAAUGUUUAUUUAUCUUUUCAUAAAAACUAUCUUUUAUGUUUUAAUUGUAAAAUAUUCAAGGCUGAGAGGCUUUAAAAAACCCUAACCCUCGUACGCGUUUAAUCUGAGAGCUAAUGAAGACGUGGAUGUUUGGAUUUAAAACAUUUACAAAGAACCUCCACAACAAAGCGUCAGAUUUUUUAUUGUUAGCAACUCAGCGUGUCAUCAGCUUCUGGUUUAGAGUCAGGAAAAGGUCUGUCGUCUCAGACAGCUGGAAGACCACUUCUGGAGUUUCAGGAUGCAACAAACAGCAGCGGGGGCGGGAGGUGCAUGUUUCCCCAUGUAAACUGCUUUCACUGCAGUCAGGCUGAAAAACUCAGCGAAGGCAUGGAGCUUCGUCAGCAUGAGCUCCAGCAACUGCCGUAGGCUGCAGGGGAACACUCAGACUGACAGUUUAGGCUGCUGGUUUUGUACUAAAAAAGUUAGAAACCACAAGUUUUAAUUAGUUUCACCUGGAAGAGAAUAUUCCGAACAUAGAAAACUAAACUGGAUGAAGCAAAGCAACUCUUCAGUUUUAUUUUUAAUAUUCAAAUAAAAUGGAACAAAGAACAGCUUCUAUUUUCUUAGAAAUUUUUAAAUAGUAUUUAAAAGGUGAAAUAAUCUCAGAUGAUCUUGGAUUAUCCUCCAUUUGGACUCAUGUUUAGGUUCACCUGAUUCUCACAAGUACAAGGGUAUGUCAAAACUUGCUGAACCUGCUUUGCCUAUAACCCCACCUAUUGAUCGGCGGUGGCAAAUCCCCUAACCCUAACUUUAAAGAGAGCCAAGAAAAUGAUCCAUCUUUAAAACCUCUUUUACUCAAAGCACAUGAAGUUGGUGAAGAAAAUGUUGGAGGGGGGGGUCAAAAGUUUAGAUGGAGAACCUUUUAUCAUGAAGGAUAAACUGUUGUAUCUUGCUGAUAUUAUGAACCCAGACUGGUGGUGCCUGAAGAGUACCGUGCCGUAAUCCUACAUUUGGGUCAUACUGUACCCUGGUCGGGACAUCUAGGACAGGCAAAAACAUACAGUCGUGUUGCUCAGCGGUUCUAUUGGCCAGGAAUGUACAAAGAUGUUGUUGAUUAUUGCAAAACCUGUCAUGACUGUCAACUAGUUGUUCCCACCAAAGUGUCAGACAGCGCCCAAUUACAAAGUUUACCAAUAAUGGAUGUACCUUACAAGAGAAUAGCCAUGGAUGUCAUCGGUCCAUUACCCAAGAGCAGUAGUGUCCCAGAUCCACCCUGGUCCCAUCAGUUUGAGCAGGAGUCUCUGAGCCUGGCUGCUGCUCAUGUCGAUGUCAGUUCUUCAACUGGAAGAAUGGGAAAAGCCGAUCAAAGAGGCUAAAUUAUUCCAUAAAGCUCUGGGAAGCUGCAGAUGAUUAAUUAGUGGUUUGCUCUAAAAGCGGAUGUAAAUGUAAAGAUAAACACCGAUGUAGCAUCACGCUGCUCUUGGACCAAACGUUGAGCUCUUCGGCAUUCACAGCCUCGCCUCUUUACCUGAGUUCGUUGAGUUUUCCUACAACAACUGAACGUUCCUGACAAGUGCAAUGUAGAUUUGUUCUCCGCUAAGCUUUUACUUGACAUCCUAAGUGUAAAUCGAAGCAUAUUUGGCUGUUAUUUGCGUGUCUUGCUUAAGUAAAUAAUCCAGUUUGUUGCUUGGAGUUGGUGGGUCACAUAUUAGUUCUCUGCUUGUUUCGCUGCACCUGCAGGAUCAGCUGGAUAGAUGUAACAAACACUACGAACAAACGUAUAGACUCAAAUAUCUCACAGGAGUGGAGACGUUUGACCCUCAAAGGUGGAAAACCCCCACAAUGAUCAGUGAAAUCAUUAAGAGUUGUUUUGCACGCCACAAAGCUUCUGAUGAGACAAAGCCGGAGCUUGGUAAACCGGCUCGGUUCUGUUCUGGACCUGCUUUCAACCAGGGAGACCUGAAUCUGUUCAGGGUCCAAAGAAACCUCAAGACCCUCUGAAGCCAGAUGUGGUGUCUCAUGUCCUCCAGCAGGGUAAUGAGUCCAGUCC